AUGGUUCGGGCCGCGCUAGGGGUCGUUUACCUCCUAGCGUCAGCCACGGCAAAUGGAUGGAACUUGUUGCAGCUUGGACUGCUGACUAGUACCAACUCCUCCGACGAUCUUAGAAACCGAACAGAAGCAGGCCCAAGGGACCGAGGCGGGCCAUCCCGCCCGGACCCUGGGCUUGGAAGCAGCAGAACUUGGGACUGGUGGAGUGUCGCCUGGGAUGGCGCCUACCAUUACGUCGGAAACAGCUGGUGGAUCAAAAUGUGGGUAAGGAUGCUGUUGCAGGUUGCAGAGAAUGGGAUAAGCUACUGUGGGACCCUUUGUGCCUCAAUUGGCUUAGCAGCCCGAUGGAGCUAUUGGCUCCUUACCGGGAUGGUCCUCGUCUUCUUGCUCCAGUUGCUUGUCUGGACCUACACGUGGGUCAUUCAUCCGACUUGGAUUCACUCCAGGGCCCUCUGGCGAUACUGCCAAGGGACAGGCACUUGGAGCGAUGUGACACGCUUGCAGGGGCAGAGGCCUUUCAUACCCGUCUGGAAAGGGCCGGGUACAGGAACACCAUGGUCCGCCUUGUACAUCCAGCGCGAGGUACGGGGAAGAGGACCGAAUCAGAAGCCAUUCGACCUCUUAGUUGCGGACGGAGCUGCUGUAGCGAGGCUUCGUCACGGGACUAUAAGGGGAAGAACGAAUCGGCACGGAUUCCUCUGCCAGUGUGAAGAGGUUCGAGCCUCGUCGCAUCGAUACCUCCGUCACCACAUAGAGACUGCCAACUGCACUGUCCACCUGUGCGCUCAAGACCCUUGCACCGCCCCUGAAGUUGCGCAGGUGCAUAUUAGGGCCAGCGCAACGGUCCCGCAGGACCGGGAGGUCAACCUGCAGGAACUAGCAGGAAGGGGCCCCUGGGGACGGUGCGCGGUGAUCACAAGCUUUUGCGGGAUACUUUGGUGCCGCUGUUUCGGCCGCAGCAUGGCGAGAUGCGGCCGAGCUUGGUGCUGGUGUCUGUGGUGCCGGUGUUGCCGUACGAGGCGAGUUUCUCGCCCGGAACGCGGCGCAGGGUACCAGGGCCAAAAACAUGAAGAUUCUGAGACAGAAUCCGAGGCGGAACUAGGCCCCGCGGGGCUGCACUGUCAAGCGGACCAGGUCGCUCUAGACAACUACGGCAAGGUAGUUCCUCUUGCUGCUGGACCAUGCAGAGACGUGGCCCGAGGUUGUCCCGUUGUGCUUCUACAAGCUGACCGAUCCAACAGCUGUCUUGAUGGAUUACCAACCACUGAAGGCGGCGAUCCCUGCUUUCAUGCCUGUGAGUACCACAGGUCCAUGUACCAGGGCUCGCUUCUGGGUCGAGCAUGUGCGGUGCAGGGGUGCCUGCAUCCAGUCACAGGGACCAGGAAGGGGGUCAACUUUUGCAAGUUGCACGGAGCCACAGAGGAGAAGCCCCGGGCCAAAGCCGCACCUAGGGCACGCGAAGCUUCACCGCCCCGGGUAGAUACCGACCAAAGGUCAGAGACCGCGCGUCAACCAGAGAGACCAGGAGUCAACGCGAUGCAGGGUGCGGUGGCUGACAAGGCAGACCUAGCCGAGCUCCUGGUCGAGCUGCUCCAGGGCAAAGAGGCAGAGGAAGCGUAUCAGGUCCUCUCUGCCAGGAACCCGGGGGACGUCAAGUGGAAGCAUCCUGGGUUCCAGGACUCGCUGACUUCCCUGGCGAAGGCCUAUGUGCAACAACACAAAGACUUGGAAACGCGGGAAUCACCCGCCUGGAGAGCACUCAACCGCCUUGCGCAUCCCCCUGCCGUCUGUCAAGAACCAGAAUAUGACCCCGUAACUCGGAUGCUGGAAGCCACGUUGGAGAGGCCUACAGAAGAAGAGAAAUCCGACACGCCAGCCCCACGGCUGGUAAGGCCGGCCUCGGCUCCUGCGAGCCAUUUCCCGGGUCCUCGCACCUCCGGUGAGCUCGCUGCGAGCUUGUUUCGCCCCAAGAGCGAGAUCGAUUCUGUCCUGCCGCGCCCGAGGCUUGUUUCGAGCCCGGGAGCGGUUGGAACUUUCCCAGGAACGCCCGGUCCAGCAGGUUCCGUAGGGAUGCAGGGUUUACACGCCUUCCGACCCUUUCAUGCUGGAGCCUACACUGAUCCGGGACCUCCGGCCCUCGAUGAAACUUCAAAAGCUCUGCAGACAAUCGCAAAAGUUAUGGCGGCGAAGGAAGACCCAGCUGCCCAAGAUCGAGGGAAGCUGUCCUCGAUCGGCAGAACAGAGGAGAGGAUGCUGUACCUGGCUAGAGGGUGCGACACGCUGACGGUGCACCUUGGGGAAGCCACGGUCGGAAAGGAGCUGUACCACGCCCUAAAGUCUGUAGCGACGCAGAACCGGCCCUUGUUGAGAGAAAUCAGCUUCCCGGUGAACAUUACCAACCGCAUCGCCUUUGGGGCCGCUUCCCUCAGUUUCGGGGGCAAAGGUAAUCCGCCUGACUAUUGCCUCACUGUGGCCGAUUUUGCCCAGACCUCGGAGGAGGAGUUUGACUUGUUUAGCCCGCCUGGGGAUAACAAGCUGGAAAAACGGGCGCGGAACCCUACUACUCUGUCCAAUUGGUACCGAAAUGCUCUACGCCAAGCUUGGGCCAUGGCAUGUAUCCUGGGGGCAGAGUACUAUGGCAGUUGGGAGAAGGCUGCGGCACAACUCCUUAAGUUUGGGGAAGAAUAUGCCCAUGCGUGGCCGUUGCACUCGGUCAUGAGUGUGUGGGAGGAGCUCUGGGCUCGCUUCACGGAAGAGUUAAGAGCGCUCGAUCGAAGAGCCAGGCGGGAAAUGCAAGACGAGAGCCCUAGCUUUGACCGUCUUCGGUUUUUCGCCACCUCCCCCGGGGACAAUGGCGAACCCUGGCUCCGGCUGCCUCAAACUUUCGACCUUCAGGCACCAGGAGAGUACUUCCAAACGGAUAUUGUUCCUCGCCAACAGCGCAUGUUGGAUCGUGCUUGCUGGUCAAUGGCCCUUAAGAGACCGUCCCCACUCACUGGCGGACGAGCUGGAGCUGAAGAUAUCGGCGGACCAGACAAAGCGCAACCGGCCGCUCCCAACCCUAGGAACUCACGGGCUGGAAGCAAAGGGAGUGCCCCGGGCGCUGGCACCGCCGUCAAGGAACCCGCCCCCCUCCUGGGAAAUGCUUUGACCAGCAAGGAGGCGGGCCGCUCCAUGGAUCACCGCCCGAAAGACAAAGACGGGAAGUAUCUGUGUUGGGAUCACUUUUCCCACCGCAAAUGCAACAAGGGAAAAGAUUGCCCGCAUUCGCACCAUGGCAACGUGCCACGCUGGGAUACUCUCGAUUGGAGCGUGCAGAUGCAACUCUUGCGACGAGGCGGGCAUCCCGCCCGUCCGAAACUCAGAGGAGACCAGGUGGACGCUGCCAUCGAAUCCAUCCGAAAGGAGCAAGCCCAGAAGCUAGAGUCCAACAUUCAGGAAGGCAAAAGGGCGAAAGAAAUGGCUAAGCGGACCGGGGGUCCUCCUCCUCAGGAUGCCUCGACCCAAUACCGGGAAGACACCCGAGCUGGCUGGACCCCAGCGCCAGCGGCGCUAGCCAAUUUCGCCGCCACUGAUAUGGAAGAUCCCCUUGCUCGACUUAUGACAGGAGAAGCUGCUGCAAGUUGGACUCUCGACCACGCGCCCCCCGCUGUGCGCACGGUCACUUACCGGGAGCCACCCGACUCUGCCAUGAUCCAAGCCAAGCGUCACUGCAUGGACGAGAUUGACAGCUGCGGCCUUCUCCCAGAUCUACCCCAGCACCUGGGCAUCUAUCUGCGCAACCGGCUGACAGCCGUCAAUGACCGGGCUCCAAACGCUCACGAUGUUCAAGAAUUCCUUGAGGACGCUAUUCGAGAAGGCAGUGCAGAACUUGCUUCAGAAGCUACUGACUAUCUCCAUAAUCACCCCGACACGCAUGUUGGGUCGCGAGAGGGACGCGGAGCAUUGGGGCAAUUCUCAGCACACGGCUUCGACGGGUACUCUUGGGCGACCUUUCGCUGGAGAGACGGUGACCAUGCGGUCUAUGACUACGGCGACCAGCUCGCACCCGUGCAUCCUGAGCUGCAACCUCUGGAAUGCCCCAAACCAGAGACGGAGCCCCGACAGUGCUUCUACCUGCAUGUGGCCGCUGGCCUUCUGGCCCAUACCAUGAAUCGUGUGCCUGCUCUCUCCGAGGUCCGCCUCAAAGCGGCAGCCUUACAGGAGGAAACUUUCCGCCUGGCGAUGGCUUGCGCGGACAACUUGGGCCCGGAACCUGACGUUUGCACUCAAGCUGAAGACGACUUGCGCAUCUUCGUGCACGACGCUCUCUUCUUCGGCCACGACAAGGAUUACCGGUGCCUGGCGGCCUUUCCCUUGCCAGAGGCCGCGGACGUCUCGUUUUGUCUUGUCCGCAUGGACGCUUGGAACCGCACCUCUUGCGAAGUCAUCCAGGGGGCCCACAGUCGUUCCGACCCGAAGUCCCUUAUCUGGCUCCUGGUUCACCAGGGCCACAUGCGGUUACUCCUCCCGGAAGUCACGACUUCUAUCCCGGACAACGUGCGGAUUGUCACUGCUGCUGGCUGGGAAGUCCACCUGGAAGCGGCCGCCGAGCACGGGGCGCGUCAUCGCGCCCGUGCCCCGAAACCAUGCCCGCGCUGCCAAGAUGACCCUAUGCGCCGUACCGGCGUCACCACCGGGGUGUUCGGCUUGUACCCUUUUCCCGCUGAGACGGCUGCCUUAGAUUUCCGGGCAGGAGCAUCUUGGUGGGAAGUCGACGAACCCCCCUCCGAACAAUGGGCCCGCGAGGACCUGCAGGAGCUCUUCCCUGGCCAACAACUCCCUGAGCCAGGCCAACCGCUCCAUUUUUUGGGGAUAUACGUUGACGCUCUCGGUUGGGACAACACCCCGGACGCGCCGGUUGGCGCCGCCCUUUUUGUCGGUCCGGCCACUAGCCGCAACUUCUGCGAUGGCCGUGUGCGCUCUCUUCUUCGCGCAGCUCUCACUCUCUUGCGCCCUCGCCACGUGUGGGUCCUCCUGCCCCGCACGGGCCUCGGCCGCGGGCCUGAGUCUUCCACCAGCGCCUUGGGGUCUUCUGCCCACCAUCCCGUGUGGAAAGAUCCCGCGGCCAUCCAGCUUCUUUCGCCAUUUCACCGGGUUCGCCUUCCAGCUUCGCCCGUUGACCCCAUGACUGCGGCGCUUUGUGGACCGUCCCCGGCCGCCUACUUGUGCCUGAAAACCACCUCUUCGGCGCUGGCUAUUGCCGUUGGGUCGCCCUCAUCGGAGUUGCCGCAUUCCUCUCCCCUCGCCUCCGUCCUCUUCGACGGCGCUGAGGCGUGUUUCGCGCCCGGCGCCGGCUUGCGACGGGCGGGGGGCGCCCCCUUUGUGGUUCAAGGGGGCUGCACUUCCUCGGGGGGGGGAGGGGCCUCUUCGUUCUCUAACUUGGGCAAAGACUUCCAUGGCUUGAAAGGCCCCCUGGCGCGGCCGCUAGACCCGGCAGUCGAGCAGGCGACAAAGGAAUAUCUGGAUUUCUUCCGAAACCGAGCUUUCUCCGCUGAACAUUUCGCGUCUGCUGCUCAGAAAGGAUCGGCUCUUCUGGCAGCAGCCGGUGGAUGGCAAGAAGCCCUCCGGGCUAUCCGCAGGGUCUGGGUGCAGGAACGAGGUGAUCACAUGUCUGGUCUGCAUAGUGACUUCUUUGAGGGGCUGGUUCACCCGGCAGUUUUAGAAAGGGCGAGGCAUGUGGCUAUCUGGGGAGUCGAGGCAUCUGCUGACUUAGAGGAAACUACUCGGACCAAGAGUGCGCCUCACCCGAGCUUGAAGGAACACCUCGACGAAGCUGCUGCGCAACUCUGGGACGACGCCAGCAAAGGCCGUUCCCUGCUCUGCUUCGACACCGGCAAGGGCUUGGAAGGGGUUGUGUCAGUCCCAAUGGCCAGGGUCCCCAAGAUGAAUCCAGACCGCACGGUCUCCGAUAAGGGUAGGGUCAUCUGGGACGCCACGCCGGUGAACAGGUACUGUCACAAGUCCCGGCACCCGCCUGCGCUCCAACCACGACACCAGGAGGUCGCCAGAGCAAUACUGUGGUGGAAGCUUCGGUACCCUAGGAUCCGAAUCCUGUUCAGCAAAAAGGACGUAUCCGAAGCCUUCAAGUGGAUCCCGGUUCGGCUAGAGGACUCCAAGCUUUUCGCUGCAGAUCUUCCAGCUGAAUACAGCAAUACUCAGGAAGGCAUCACCAUAGUCUAUGGGUUUUUGACUUUUGGCUGGUGCGGUGCGCCCGGAGAGUACAUGCACUAUGCUUGGGUCAUUAAACUGGCUCACGAAGCCUUCGCGCCCGAAAACUCCAGGUGGGAGGAUACAGUCCCAUACCAUUCUUUCGUCCUCAUGGACGACACGGUGCUGAUCGAACCCGAGAUUGGGCUGAGACCGGAAACCUCGGUGGCACUGACGGAGCAUCUGACUCGUGCUGUUCUUGGGGAUGCCAGCAUCAACGAAGGAAAGGAUUGGCUUGAGGGACGGUUGGAAACUCGCAAACUUAUUUGGGGGCUCAUUUACGAUACCCAAACCAACACCCGAAGCCUGCCAAGUGCCAAGCUGGAGAAGGCGUAUCACCUCCUGCACUUGCCUGACUUUGACAGUGGAUGCACUCAUGUCUCGCUGCGCCUCAUCCAAGAAUUGAGAGGCAACCAGCAGUUUUGGUUGGCGGUGCUCCCGGGCCUGAGCCCGUAUUUGGGGUGUACAAAUGACCUCCUUGGCCCUGCGGACCCGCAGGGCCAGGCUCGAGCCAAAGGGGAUGAGAAGCAACAAAGAGAGACUUGGAACCGAUUUUGGGAGGCUAUUGAGCUUCAACGUUUGUUGGUGGACGUCAGCGCCUCUUGGGAGGUAGCAAUUGUCGAGCCCGCGAGCCUCGUUUGGCAACGGAUCCGCUACUUCUGCGGAGGGGAAGAGGGAACUGACGAGGAGCAGUCGGGACCGUACUCCGAGGAUCGAACCGAUCCCGAAGAUGGUCUUCUGAUCUCACUCGCCGAGCUCCUCGCCGUGGUGUCACUCGCCUGCACCCGCUGGACUGCUUGGAGGGGAAAGAUUGUGAUUUACGCGGGGGACAACCAGAACGUUAUCUCCUGGCUUGAGAAAAGACAGGUGCUCUUGGGGACUCUCGACAAAGGUUGGACUCGAAGGGCCCUCCUUUGGGAUGGAAUGGACCAUGGAGAUAAGGCUGCAGCCCUCCAGUUAGGGCUCCGAAGGCAUCCAGAGGGUCCGAAUAAGCACCCGUUUCCGUUGAAAGAAGGUCUGGUGUGCGCUGAGAUUGGAGAGGCCGGCCCUUAUGAAAUCGAGCUUGUCUCCAAGGGGCUUAUCGUCCAGAGACACACCCUGGAAGAGGCAAGCCACCGAGAAUGUACCCCGGAGCGGUACGUGUGCCUUUUCCACCCAGGCGGCAGAGGCGAAGUGGCUACGGCUGCUCGCUUCGCCGAGCUUGCUGUGAGGUGGGAGCCGGAAGGAGUCUGGGUCGAUUCCAUCACCUCUCAUGGCCCCAGAGCAGCCGAAAGAAUUCUGGAGGAUGCAGGAUGGCAUACCCGUGUCUUCCAAGUCAGCGGCCGCACUCUCCAGGAUCAGUGCUGGUGGAAGCGAUGGAUACUGAUGGCGGUUCCCGCAGAAAAGCGCCUGCCUCCAGCACCCUGUCUUACGCUCGACGCGGAACCCGCUACGCCACCCUUGCACACUUACCCCACUGAAUGGUUGUUGGAAGACAAGAAGGUACCAGACGCCACCUGGAAAACUGGUCGCCUGAAGCUGGACAGCGCUAUGCCGCACCUGGGUCAGGCUACUCCAAAGCCUCGAGGGCUCAUGGGUACCCCCCGCAGCCUGGCUCUGGUAGCGGGCCGUUGGGCGAGCGCUCUGGGGACGGAUCGGGGCGCCAGCGGUAGUUGCUUUGAGCCCGAACAGUCCAGCGCUGCUGAGGCGAAGGCUGAAAGUCGGGAGGCGGACGAAACUCCCGAGGCUUGCUUCGAGCCCGGGAACUCAGAUUCUGAAAGAGUCGGAAUUUGUUCGCUCCCGUGGGAAGAUAAGGCGCGAGCGGCGCUCAUGGCCUGGCUCCAAAGCAGAGGUUGGGAGGUGGAGCGGAGGGCCGGAGGCACCAAGCGCCGUAAGAAAAAGGAAGAGGACUGGAGUACCCAGUUCUCGAAAGCCCUCGCCUCCUGCCUCAGACACGAAGCAGGAAGUGCCGAGUGCCACAUCACGGAGGAUGGAUGGGUCACGAUGGACCACCUGAGAGGGUACCUCCGUGCGAAGCUCCGAUGGCCGGAAAGGUACCUCACUGAGGAGGCGGUUCGGGCCGAAGUGGAAGGCAACUGGAAACAGCGCUUCGUGGUGCGAACAGAUGAGAGCACCGGAAGGAGCUGUGUGGCAGCCUGGUCCGGGCACACCAUACCAGGGGUCGUCGGACCAGGAGUGUUGGUCGAACCCUCCGAAGUCCCUGCCCUGCUUGUGCAUGGCUCAUACCACAAGCACACGGCCAGCAUUGUGCAAAGUGGGCUGUCAGCAAGCCGCAGAAUGGUUCACUUGGUUGACCCGGAACGGGCAUCAAACAAGUGGAGGGCCGACCUGGAGACGAGAGUGCCCGUCGAUACGCGGAAAGCCCAGGAGGCCGGAGUUUCUUUCAGAGUGACGGGUAACGACGUCUGGCUGGCCGAUACCGACAUCCCGCCUGAAGCCUUGGGAAAGGUCGUCGCAUGGACGACUGACGAUUUUUGGUUCGCUUCGGAAAGCACUCGCGCCCGAGCCCGACCCGAGCAGGCGUCGCCAGUGCCCUCCUACAAGACAGGCGCCGCGGGAGCUGCAGGCUCUGGCUCAAGGCUCCCCGCCUGGCCGCCCGGCAGCCUUAAGCAGGAACAGGACCUAAAGGAGGGCCUUGCUCAGACCGCGACCGGUUUGGCGUCGGCUGUUGCCGGGCUCAAGGUGGAAGAGGGAGAAGAGGAGGUCCAGGUGGACCCACGAACCUUGGAACCGACCGUCGUCACGCUCUCCGAAGCAGAUUGGAACUUAUCGGAAGAGAGUGACACGGGCCCGGAAGAGCCCCCAGCACCCGCGACCCGAACAGUGAUGAAAGAAGGCGACCGAGGAUCGGCCGAGGCGGAAAUCAAGCUCAACCCCGGCUUGAUUGAGCGGGAAGAAAGGCAAGAAGUUGCCGAGGAGCAUCAGGAUCCAGAACCCGGCAAAGGAGGCCCCAAACCAGGGCGUCUCGAACCCAAACAUGAGCAGGGUGCGGAACCCGAGGGCCUUCCCCUGGAACGGGUCAAACCUCCGCCCGCAGAGGAUUCAGAGGAGGACUCGCCCAUCGGGCUCCCCGCAAGGUAUCGGCCGGUUGGUAGAGUAGAGCCCGGGCAACCCCAGGAGGAGCGAAAACUGGUCCCGGCGCAGGGUCUCAAGCUUGGCACGGGAAAGGUCAAACUGCUCCAGGCCCUCGCUGAGGCCGACACUGCCAACUGGGAGAACCUCCAAAGUGCCUUGAAGGAAGCGGAAGGGUCGGGAGGCGAGAAAGCAGCUCUAGUUGAAGACCUGGAACGCCUCACCCAGCAGCGAAAGGAAGCCGCCGAAGGAAUCAAGGAAGCCCUUGAAGCUGAGACGCACAGGGUUCGCCAAUGUGAAGAAGAAGACUCCCGGUAUCUGGAAACUCUGGAUAGCCAGGGCGAGUACAUGAGAAAGCUUGAACGAUUCAACCCAGCUCGACCCUCCAAGACCGCCAAGGUCCUUAGUUCGGACCGUCUCACUUCGGAAAUUGAAGCAGGAGUCAGCGUCUGGGUGGCGCGCCGCCGAGAAAAGGCGCGUUUGCGGGCCCAGGCUCACAGGGAGGGACUUCAGAGAGGCGCCCCUUCGGAAGGAAGCACCAAGCACGAACCAAUCGAAACACCCGAGGGAGCCGAAGAAGCACGACAGCAGGCGGCUCGGAGGGAGAUAGCUGAGUUUCGGGAACAUCUGAGGGAACAAGGAAGGGGGGCGGCGCCCAAAUACCGUAGGGCACCGGACUCCCGCCAAAGAAAAGCCACGAAGAAGAGAAACCGGGCUGCAAAGGAAGCGGAAGCUCGGGCUGUGCCGGAGGGAGCCUUGUCGCCCACGCGCAAUGAUGAUGCGGAGCGUGACACCAACCACGCGAUCGCACAUUUCCAUGGGCAAGAGAACGACCAUGCUAUGGUCCUCGCUGGGGCUAGGUUGCCCCCAAAUUUAGUUUCCGAGGGGACAGCUCUGCUCGGCCUCGUUCUCCUCACCGGAAUUCUUUUAGGCCUUGCCUGGGGAUCAUGCCGACGCAGCCUUGCCCACAGUCCCGCAAGGACCGACCCAUUGGCUCUCUCGCCAAGGGACAACCUUCCCAGAGCCCCCCACCGGCAUGAAGUUGCGGCUGGCAGGCACGCCUCAACCAGUAGCGCCACGGAGGUCCACCGUCGCGGUAGCCGAGGCUCGACUUCGAGCCCGGCACCGGACAAUCCUCGGCGAAGGAGCCCGCGCCCGUCCCAAAGGGGUCUUGACCGCCGCAGAGCAAACUGGCACAAAGAAGGUUGCCCCCGCACGGAUGCUUCUACCCUUUGGCUUGAAGCAUGCAAAGACUGCGUGACCAUCUCCGAAGUCGAUGACUACCAGGGGAGCGUGGAAGCCACCUGGAGCGGGGCCCGCUGGCACAAACCGCGGUGUGGGCAUACCCGAGGAAGGAACGUGGUGCGAUUCGCCCCUUGCCAAGAGUGUGCAAGAGUUGCCGCACCGUCCCAGUCUCGUGGCUCGAUACGAGGCCCAGGGCGCAACAACGAUGCUGAAAGGGACACGAAUCACGCCAUCGCGCAUUGGCUCUUGCUGGCGGUGGCACUGGGUCUGUACCUGGCUGGGGUCUGCUGGCACUGGGGUGAACCUUGCGGGGACCCACAAGAAGGUCAGGAAAAGACCCGUGUGGGGGGUCCUAGGGGCCGCAAGGUCCGAUUCGAACCCUACCACGAGUCCCUCGCGGCUGCCGGAUCUCCUACCAGUCAAGCCACGGGUAAGAAACAGAGUCUCGAGAAGCCGAGGCGGCUGGGUAGCCCUCAGGCUGCUAGGGCGGCGCAAGGGACGACUGGACCCAAGCUGGGCCUACGCUUGAAAUGCAAAGAAGAUUAUCACGAGGAAGCCAUUCGUGUCGCUCUUGAUCGCCUCGCCAUCUCCACCCGGCGGACUUAUGAAUCUCAACUCAAGUGGUGGAGGCUUUUUUGCGCUCGUAGAGGAGUCAGUUGGAUUCUCACUGGCCCCUCAAGCAAUAAGACAGAAGAAACACUCCUCAUCGACUUUCUCCUGCACUGUGCCUGCAAUGAAGGGCGCGCACCGGGAACGCUGAAGCUUCGGCUGGCCGCAGUGCGCAGCGUCCACCUUUCACUCGGCAUGGAAGAUCCCUUGGAAGGCCGAGGAAGAGUUGCCAUGGCACUGGCAGGCCUACGAAGGCGUUACAAGGUUCCUGAAAGGAGGGCGCCAGUGACCCCCAGGAUGCUCAACUAUCUGCAUGAUCGCCUCCGUGGCUCGUCUUCGAGCCCGGAGUCUGUGCUCCUGUGGGCUGGGAUCUGCCUUGGGUUCUUCUUUCUGUUGAGGGCCUCUGAAUUCCUUCCCCUUGGUUACCUUCCUCUCUCGAGACACCUGAAGGGCCACCAGGUACUGCUGUACUCCCAUGGUAACCUGUGCACUAUCAGCAACCUGGCAGAGGCCGACGAAGUUCGGGUCAAGCUCGUCGGCAGCAAGGCCAAUUACAACUUGGAGACAAAUCGCAAUCACUACCGGACUGGAAACCAAGUCUGCCCAGUAGAGUCGGUUGUCCAGCUGUUCCAGAAAUUUCCGGAGAGAUAUCUGGGCGGCUGCGAAGCCACGGAGCCACUCUUUAGAACUCCCUCGGGAGAGGGAAUCCAAAGGGAAGCGAUUCAGAUGCUGCUGAGAGAAGCCGCUUGCCAAUGUGGUGUGGGCGGAACCAUUGGUUCGCACUCAUUACGUUUUGGUGGUGCAAGCGCGCUAUGGACGGCAUUCAAAGACGCAUCUGUUGUGAGAAGGCCCGAGGCGCGUUUCGCGCCCGGGCAGUUGCCCUUGCAAGUGCCGAAAUGGCGGGAGGGGGAUGAGCCCAAGGGGCAAAGACCUUUUCAGAAUUACCGUAAGAAGUUGGAGCCUGACGAGGGAGGUAGGUUGCGUGUCACUUGCUUCGCCUUUGCAGUGGAGAUCUCCGAUUGUUACAGGGACCUUGCCGAGUUGACCGAGGAAUGUCAGGUUGUCGUGGACCAUGCGGAGCUGCCCUCAGAUGUCACCAUUGAAAAAUUGUGGCUGAAUCUUGACAGGAAAGUGGGCAUUGAACUGCCCUGGGAAAAAGGAAUGUUGUUCCCUGGAGAUGAGAAUGCGUUGUAUCGACACUUUUGCUUGGAGAGAGAGUCAGGGAGCCCUUCGAGUACUUCACAACCACCCGCCAAGAGGCCCAAUUCUUCUGCAAUCCAGGGAGCCUCUCCAUUCACGGUGAAUGAACUCAAGAUCCUACACAACGUCCUGGUUUCAGAGGACGAGGACAUCUGGGAUAGGAUGAUGGCAGGUGCAACUUUGUGUGCAGUUUACAGCAGGAGUCGUUGGAGCGAUUUGCAACACUCCGAAGCCAUGUUGUCAGACCCAAAUCAAUGGGACCCUUGCUUCAUUGAAUUCACCGUCAAAGAGCACAAGACAAAGAGGGCAAAUGCAUGGGUGGAAGGUUUCUUACCAGCCGUUGCAGUAGCACAUGGGGUCACCUCAGACAACUGGGGCAGAACUUGGCUCGUUGUGAGAGAUUGCAUUGGUGGUGAAAUUUCAGCAGGUUUCCCAGUCAUGCCUGCCCCUGGCGGUGAUCAUCAACCCACAAAGCGUCCCAUAACCUCGGAUGAGAUGGGGAAGUGGGUCAGAAUGUUGCUUGAAAGGCAUGGGGCCGACCUGACAAGCAGAAAGAUUACAUCACACUCAUGCAAGAGUACCAUCUCGUACAUGGCGAAGUUUGGGUGCGACAUCACAACGAGGGAGAUCUUGGGGGGACAUGUGAGUCACCUCAAGAGUGUCCUGACUUACAGCAGGGAUGGCUUGGCGGGACCGCUGCGUGAGUUGGAGAAGGUGCUGCUGUCGAUCAGGCAGAACAAGUUUUGUCCAGACGCAUCCAGGUCUGGAAGGUUCAAUGAUGCUUGCAAAAUCGAAGAUUGCGAGAUAGCUGGACAAGUGGCGCCUGAUGGGGCUGCUGGUGUCAUCUCAGUGGCAGACAGGCCUAACGAAGCUCUGUCAGUGGAUUCCGACUCAAGCACUGAUGGAGACAGCGAUACAGACUCUUCUUCUGACGAGGAGGCAAGCAACCUUGUGCGAGCUGCCAGGUUGGUGAAAUGCCCCACCGCUCCAGUGGGACUCACCUUGCUGUUCCAUUUGCUGGAAAGCUGCCCGGACAAAGUUGGGCUCCAGGCUUGUGCAGCCUUGAAAUUGAGCGUCCGACUUCAGCUGGUAUAA